AUGUCGCGGUCACGGUCUCAGCUGUACCGUCGGCGGUGAGAAAGAGAGAGAGAGAAAUCAGUGAAAAAUGGCUGGUGCCAGCGACUGGUUCAGCAUCGGCAGCACGGUGGUAUGUAAGACAUGUCACGAUCAGGAAAUCGAGGGCGAGGUAUUGGCCUUUGACCCGCAGACAAAAAUGCUGAUACUCAAAUGCCCAUCGACGAGCGGCAGGUCGUCGUUAAACGACGUGCACGUAGUGAAUUUGUCCCUCGUGUCCAACGUUCAAGUGAUACGAGAGGUGAGCGCGACGACGAACGAACCGCCACAGAGCCUGAAUCUGCAAAGGCUAAACACGCGGGUGCGUAAUCAGAUCGAGGAGAAGAAGAGACUGGUAAUGGCACUGCAGGCCGGAGUAUCGCCGGAGGGACAAAAACUGUUUAUCGCGAUCUCAAAGACUAUCCAAGACAUUACGUGGAACGGGGCGAAUAUCGUUGUGUUCAAUAAUGUCACCAUCAGGCCACCCUACAAGGUCGACAACGUUCACGGGAACGCCGAGUCCGGGGCGUACAGACAUGUGAAGAAAGUGGUUGAGAAACACAUUAAAGAUACGGCGCAGGCUCAACAACAACGGGAAUUACAACAGCAGACGCAGAAGGGAGCUGAACUCCAAUAAAGGUCCAAAAAGGCACUACGUUACAACAUGGAAGUCGCUGAAAUACAUUCGGGAAGUUCCAUCUUGUCGACGAGAUAGGGAGGAGAAGUUAACGAAGCACUCCGAACGGAAGGCUGUGGCAGCGCGAUUUAGGCGAAAUGCGCGCCUAUAGCAAGAAACUGGACAUCUUUGAGCGAACUCUCGCCAGCUGUUUGGUUGAAUGAAAAAGGAAAAGACAGAUACAAAGUGCAAAGUUAAACACACAGAAAUUUCACAUUCUGAUCCGAGUAUUGUUAAUAGUAUCGCAUGUGCAGCAUUUUAUAAAAUACAGUCGGACGUACGUAAUUCGUGAUUACAUUAGUCGUCAGCCUGGAAAUUUAACCGCGCAAAAACGAGUCCGCAAAAGUCGAACGGCGGUUUGACUGAUUCGAGUGACAACAAAUCAUAUUCAUUAAGUGGGGUCUACGAUGAGAAUUUAAGGCGUAAGAUUUGAGAAAUUGACCAAUCACAAUUUAUUUUUUUUCUACAAUUCGAAUAUGAUUAGUCGAUUUUUAAGGCUUAUGGCUUAAAGCAUCUACUGUAGACCAGGAUUGAAGCGGGGUCUACAAUGAGAAUUUAAAGUGUAAGAUUUGAGAAAUCGACCAAUCAUAAUUGAUUCUUCUUCUACAAUUCGACUGUGAUUGGUCGAUUUCUUAUAGCUUAGAGCUUAAAGCACGUAUUAUUGACCGGGACUAAAACGGGGUCUACAAUGAGAAUUUAAGCUCCAAGUCUUAAGAAAUUGAGUAAUCACAAUAGAUUGUUCUUCUAUAAUUCGAUUGUGAUUGGUUAAUUUCUUAAUACUUAGGGUCUAAAGCAGUAACUUGUAGACUAUAACUAAUUAUGUUAAGUUUUGAUGUGAAACUUAUUACAUAAUAAUUGGUAUAUUUUCAACUUAUACGACACGAGACAAAGAGAUACUUAGAUAAAAUUUCUCGCAAAUGGCAUCGACAAGUGCUAAGUGCGUUUUGAUUAUCAACUGCGUUCAGCGGAACGUUAAUAUUAUCACCAUUGGGAGUUUUUUACGAGAUUGGAUUAUUUUUCUAAACUUCAAGGAAUAGUCCAAUCUGUGUUCGUGUGUGUGUGUUCGUUAGCCGCCUGCACUCAUUUAUUCGAACUCGUUCACAAAUAUUUGUGAACAAAUAUUUGUUCGUAUUCCUUCGCGUUCGUAUACUCUCAGUCUGGAUCCACCCUAACAUACGCACUGCGGACCUUUACGUUGUGAUUCUAGUGGCGAGUAAACUUUUUUUUCACAAGAGUGGAGCGAUAAUCCGUGACAUAAUACUAGCAACAAGCGUGCAUCUUACCCUGAUUUCGCGAAAACUAGUUUUACGAUCGGCUCGAAUACGAUCGCGACGAUCCCCAUCUCCAUACCGAAGCUCGGAUUCACAAGCGAUUCCGCAUUAUGUUCGAUAUGGCACAGCGAACUCUUACUUUUCAGAAAUUAACCGACAACCAGUGUUUGCCUUGGAUGAUUUCAGAUUCAUCUGGAUGAAGAUGAGAUGAAAAUCCGAAAAAUUCAUCUUAGACGAGAUGAAGAUGAUUUUGUUUUUGAUUUAUCUGGAUGAAAGAUAAGUAGCGCUACUUAUUUAGAUAAUUUUUUAGAUGUCAUUGUUUUCAUGAGAGACUUUAUAAAAAUUUAUAAUAAAAA